UCUUAUUUACAGUUAGCCGCACGGAAUCUGGGCACACUGCUUUGGAACGAAAUUGAAAUAAAUAUUAGGACAUGGAGACGCACGACGCCCUUUUCAAGGCGGAAUCUGGUGCGCAUCAGGAUGAGGCAAAGCGCCAGGAGCACCUGCAGCUCAUCCGGGAGCUGCACCACCAGCAGGGCGUCCCCGUGGGCGUGGCGGCCGAGCGUCUGCAGCAGCUGUUCGCGGAGGUGCGAGCAAGAGGGCACCACGACCUGUUGCGCCUGUGGCAGCUGUGGCUGAGCGAACUAAUCCUGGCCAGGCGGAUCAUCCUGGUGAGGACACACCUCCUGGCGGGCGAUCUACUGGCCGGCGGGCAGCAGAGGCCGCCGAAUGCGGCCAUCCAACUGCUGCUGGCUCUGCUGAAAACGACGCCCAAGGAAAAACUGGUGGAUUUCUGGCCCAUGUUGAGCGCAUUUCCCCAUCCCAAGGAGGUGGACGCAGCCCUGCUGCUCCUGCAGUGCCAGGAGCUGGUGCUGGCCGAGCUGCCGGCGGAGGAGUCACCGGCGGAGGAGGCCGGCCUCAGCCGCAACCUGGCCAACUCACUAAUCCACAUGCAUUUCGAAAGCUCCUGGGUGACAGUUCCCGCCGAGAAGGAGGUUGAGCAGCUGCCCCUUCUGCUGGCGCACAGCUUGCAGCUGCUCCAAAAGCUGGUGGCCCGACAGCAGCCGGACUAUGCGACGGAACGGGUGCCCGAGCUGAUGGGCCUGGUCCAGUGCUACCUGCAGUAUGGAGAAAUGGAGAAGGGAGCGCCUCCCAAGCCACGCAAGUUGCCGCCCGCUCAGCAGUCGGCCGCCUAUGGCCAGGAGCUCGAGGAGCCGGAGCAGCAGCAGCCCGGCCAGAAGUCCGGCUCCGGCGGCCGCAAGAACAAGGUGCGCAAGAUGCGAUCGCUGGCCAAGCAGCGCAACCAAGCGGCAAUCAGUGAGCCCCUGGAGGCGGGGGCCUCCCAUUCCCGGGAGCGCCUGCUGCUGGUGGGCAACCAGGACUACGGCUGCCUCACCGGCGACUCGGGCGAAUACGGCCAGCCCUCCGAUACGGACCAGCCUGCGGCCGGCACCAAGCACCUCCGCCAGCUGCAGGCCAAGGUGAGGAUAUCCGCCCUGCACCUGCUGGCAUCCCUGACCAACCAGCUGCCGCGCCGCUCGCUGUACGGCUACUGGCACGUCCUCUUCCCCGACGGCGACUCGGGCGGCAGUCGCCACCUGCUCCAGCUCGGCCAGAGGGACACCAAUGCGCGCUGCCGUGCGCUGGCCCUGCAGCUGGGCGCCCAGCUGCUGUACGGCUCCAAGGGAUUCCUGAGCCAGGCCUGCUCGCGCGGACCCAGCAACUUCACGCCCUUCGCUGUCAGCCUGGCCAGCUCCGUGCUGGCCGCCUACCGCACCCUGAGCGCCAUCCUGGAGCGGGAGUACGCGCCGCCCGUGCUGACGCAGUGCCUCAAGUGCCUGGCCGUUCUGGUGCAGGCCACGCCCUUCGACCAGCUGGAAAUGGGCUUCGUCUACGAGUUUGUGGGCCACGUCAAGAAGCUGGCCAAGAGUGCCCAUCCGCCGGUGGCCGUGACCGCGCUCCUGGUCAUGGAGAUGCUGGUGGGCACUGCCAAGCUCACGCCAGAGAUAGCCAGCUCGGUGGGAUUGGCCCCGAGUGAGAGGAACCUUCAGUUGGAGCAGAAACCUGUUGAGGAGGACUUUCAGGAGCUGUGCGACUCGGAUGCAGAGGUGGAACUGGAGGAGGAGCAGGAGCAGCAGGAGGGUGAGCAGCCGGCGCAACAGAAGGCAAUGAACCCCACCAAACUGACAGUGCCACCAGUGUCCAUUCCGCGCAACUCCUGGCUGCUGAGGCAGGUGCUCCGCUAUCUGGAGGGCCUGGGCACUCCGCUGAGCCUGCGCGUGGAGUGCUACCAGGUGCUCCAGGCCAUGGCCACGCACAUUGGCCUGCUGCGCGGCCACCAGGCGCGAUUAGCCUGGGUGAUCGCCGCCGGACUGCGUGAUCCGGUCGCCGAUGCGCGGCUCUAUGCCGCCCGUUGCCUGGACGCGGUGGGCUACCAGCUGGGCAGGCUGCCGCUGCCGGAGCCGGCGGAACGGGAGCUGCAGGUGUCCUUCUGGCUGUGCCUGCUGCCCGAGAUCUAUGGAGCCUACGACAACGCGGCCAGCUCUCCGCUGAAGUGCGCCCUCUGCAAUGCCCUGUCCAACAUGGGUGCGUUCAGCUUCGAGCGACUGUCAGAUGGCCAGAGGAGCGCGCUGCUGGCCUUCCUCAGCGGCUGCGCCAGCGACGACCAGGAGGAGCCGCUGGUCCGGGGAGCAGCGCUGCGGGCCAUGGCCGUCUUCGUGCUGCAUCCCUCGCUGAAGGCCGACCUGGGCUUCGUGGAGAAUGCGGCGGAGCUGACGCUGCGCCUCAUUGGUGAUGCCCAGCUGCUGGUGCGGAUCAAGGCCGCCUGGGCGCUGGGCAACAUCAGCGAUGCCCUGGUGGCCGUGGCCAUGCCCAGCCAGACGCAGAGGAUAUCUGCCGAACUGCUGGGGCGCCUCAUCCAGGCGGCCACCAAGAGCUGCGGCGACCACGACAAGGUGCGUGCCAAUGCGGUGCGCGCGCUGGGCAAUCUCCUGCAGAUCCUGCAGCUCCAGCAGAUCCAGCAGCUCCAGAACGCUGAGCAGAUGCAGCUGGCCAUGGCCAAGCUGCUGGACUGCGUUCGCUGCUCGGGCAAUGCCAAGGUGAAGUGGAACGCCUGCCAUGCCAUCGGGAAUCUGGUGCGGCACAGGGCCUUCUUUGCCAACGGCCAACUGGCCGGCAUACUGUUUCCCGCCCUCAAUGAGCUGACCGUGCGGCAUGCCAACUUCAAGGUGCGCACCAAUGCCGCCGGCGUGCUGCGCCAGGUGGAGCAGCGUCAGGAUCUGGGCGCCCACUUCGCGCUGGUGUGGCGCUCGCUGCUGGAGGCCCUGGAGCGCUCCAAUGCGCUGGACAGCUACGAGGAGUACAACCACCGGGAUGCGCUGCAGCAGCAGCUCUGCCUGGCCAUGGCCCACCUGCUGGCGCUGGCCCGCGGCUCGGAUCUGCCGGCGAUGCGGGAGGCCCUGGAGGAGGAUCGCCUAGAUGUGGUGCGGGCCACCUGGCGGCGCGUCGCAUUCCGCAUCGUUCCCGAGCAGUCGGCGCCGCUCUUCACCUGCAGUCCCCUGCUGGAGCAGCGCCUCCAGGCGGAGGUGACCACUGCACAGCGCAGCGCCCUGACCUUCAUCGCGAGCACACUGCGGCUGGAUCCGUAGGACCAUCCAUGGGUCAGGCCGGGAUCACAUGUACCAAGAACGGAAGUGAACUUCGAAAAAAAUCAGCUAUGUAUGUAUGUACAUAUGUACAUAUAACACCAGUACAUAGGCGUAUCUGGUAAAAAUCAAAGAAU